UAAUCGGCUCGGCCCAACCGAUCCAUGAUUGUCGUGGAGACAUGGACCCGGCAGUGUACAGACGAGCAGUUCUCAUAAUUCCCUUCCUCCCAGAUCGAUUUUUAAAAAGAUUCUGACAGCCAAAAGGACAGUGCUGCUGUUCAGGAUCCAUUCCAUGUUCUUAGCAGUUAGCAAGAAGCUUCACGUGGCUGUUCUCACUCAGCUCAGCUCGCCGCGCUGUUGACUGAAGCAUUGGAGUAGGCAGGGUGGUGGUUGCUCUGGCUGUGCUUUGAUCGUUGCAUCUGAUUAGGUACUGGCCAUGGAUGACAGAUUGCUCGUUGUGAGAUUGUGAAAUUUUUGAUGAAUUCGGUGAGUUGUGUGUGUGUGUUUUGCAGUGAUCGGUUUAGGAGGGAGGAGAAAUGGGGAAGGCCGGGAGGUGGCUGAGGAGCUUCUUGGCCGGCGGCAAGAAGGGUGGCAAGAAGGACAAGGUGGAGGCCGACGCAAUGGCGGGCUCUCCGGGAGCGGCGGCGAAGGAGAAGAGGUGGAGCUUCAGGCGGCCGGUGCAGGGGGAGAAGGCGGCGGGGGAGGUACCGGCGCACGGUGUGCUCGGUGAAGACGGCUUUGAUCUGUCGGCGUCGGAGCCGGAGUUCGAUCAGAAGAAGCACGCCGUGGCGGUCGCGGUGGCGACCGCGGCCGCCGCCGACGCAGCGGUUGCCGCCGCGCAGGCUGCCGCCGCGGUCGUCCGCCUGUCCUCUCGCAAGGCGUCGCACCUGCCGCCGAGCGCCAUCGAGGCGGCGGCGGCGGCUGUCAGGAUUCAGGCCACCUUCAGAGGCUACCUGGCAAGAACAGCGCUGUGCGCGCUACGAGGCAUCGUGAAGCUGCAAGCUCUGGUGCGAGGGCAGCUGGUGAGGAAGCAGGCGACCGCCACGCUGCGCUGCAUGCAGGCUCUCCUCGCGGCGCAGUCGCAGUUGCGCGCGCAGGCGCAGCGGAUGCGCGUGCUCCACGAACACCACCACAGGACGCCGCCCAGGCCGCGGCCGCCGUCGCCGCAGCACCACCCGCGGCACCGCCGAUCCUACGAGAUGGACAGGUCGUGCGAGGAGAACGCCAAGAUCGUGGAGGUGGACAGCGGCGAGCCGGCGCGGCGUGGUGCGGCUGCGGCGGCGAGGGAGAGGCCGUUCUGCGGCGUCGAGUACCACCACGGGCGGUGCUCGCCGGCGCCGUCGGCGGCGACGGAGCUGACGAGCCCGAGGGCGUACAGCGGCCACUUCGAGGACCUGGCGUCCGCCGCCACCGCGCACAGCAGCCCGCAGCAGGCGUCGGCGUCGUCGGAGCUGCUGUGCCCGAGCUACAUGGCCAACACCGAGUCCUCCCGCGCCAAGGCCCGGUCCCAGAGCGCGCCGAGGCAGCGCACCGACACGCUGGAGCGGCAGCCGAGCCGACGCAAGAGCAGCGGCGGCGGCGCCAAGAUGCAGCGCUCGUCGUCGUCGCACGCCGCCGCCGCCCAGCGCGGCGCGCAGUUCGCCUGGCCGGUGAUAAAGCUCGACGCCUCGAGCGCGUCGCUCAAGGACAGCGAGUGCGGGUCGACCAGCUCCGUCCUCACCGCCGCCACCGUCUACAGCCGGACGCGGUCGCUCGUCGGAUUCGAGGUGCGCAGGGGUCUGUACUGAGCUAAAAGAAAGCUAUUGCCGGACGAAUCGGAGCUUCACCACCGAUCGCCAUGGAAUGUUCGUCAGUUUGCUCUACCUGUGAAUCUGUGAUGGCUUCUGCAACAGCUACAAGUGUACAGCUACUGCACAUACACGCCUGCGUCUCGAUCAUGAACUGUACAUUUUUGUUGCCCGUUUUGUGAUGUGGAAACUGUACCAUACUGGGAAUACAUACUGCUAAGUGAAAAGCGAAAUGUAAUAAGCACCCAGUGCAAUUUCAUCCAAAUUGCAUUCUCUCUUCCAAUCUAGAAAGUUUUUUGUGGGCCUACACGAGGCUACUGGGCUCUAAUGAUGGCUCCAACAGUAAACGGGACAUAAAUUAAGCCCAUAUAUUUUGUGGGCAAGAUUUGAUCAUUCGUGGUGGGCCUUCUCGAGGUAGAGUCAUUCUCCCUGCACAUAGUUAUUGGGCCGUGAGAGAAGCCCACAGUCUUGG